UUUUGGGAGAGAGAUUUGUAUCAAGAGAGGGGGAAAUUGGGGGCGUUUGUGGUGGCGGUGGAGAAUUGGGGGAGACAGGGGCUUAAAUCUGGCAAAGCAACAGCAGGGAGGGGCUGGUGGAGGGGGGCUGAGGUGCAGGGGUGCGUCAAGGCAGGAGGCGGCCGGUGGUGACGACGAAGAGGAUUGCAGGCCGUGGCGACGCAGGCUGAGGCUCGCCAGCAUGGCCCUCUCAAUUUCCUGGCCCUCUGCCAUUCGCCUUCUCGUCCUUCUCCUUCUCCUCGCGGCCAUCACCACCGCCUGCGUUACGCUUCCAAUCGAGAAGAUUUUGAAGGACUUCUUGGUUUGGAUAAAGCAAAACCUUGGUCCUUGGGGUCCACUUGUUUUAGCCGUUGCAUACAUACCUCUUACAGUGUUAGCAGUUCCAGCUUCAAUACUUACUCUUGGAGGUGGCUACCUUUUUGGGUUGCCUAUAGGUUUUUUAGCAGACUCCAUUGGUGCCACUAUUGGUGCAACAGCAGCAUUCCUUCUUGGUAGAACAAUUGGAAAACCACUGGUUAUGUCAAAAUUGAAAGAUUAUCCACAGUUUCAGGCUGUAGCUAUAGCAAUUCAGAGAUCAGGCUUCAAGAUAGUAUUACUUCUCCGCCUUGUUCCCCUGCUUCCAUUCAAUAUGUUAAACUACCUUUUGUCCGUAACUCCUGUCAGUCUGGGUGAAUACAUGAUGGCUUCAUGGUUGGGAAUGAUGCCUAUAACAUUUGCAUUGGUAUAUGUUGGGACAACUUUGAAGGAUCUAUCUGAUGUGACACAUGGCUGGAGUGAAAUCUCAACAACACGUUGGGUGAUGCUUGUGUCUGGUCUUGUGCUCUCUGUGAUCCUGAUGAUAUGUGUUACUAAAGUAGCAAAGUCAUCCUUAGAGAAGGCCUUGAUGGAAAAUGAUGCAGCGGUGGAUGUCGUAGCUUCUUCCCAAUUGCCCAUUUCUGUUGACCCUUCGAUGGAUCUCCACCAGCCUCUGAUAAUCAAAAUCGACUCCUCAACUGAUGGUCAUGAAAAAUAAGAAAUUAGUAAUUGAUGUAAAUUCUCUCUCUCUCUCUCUCUCUCUUUCUCUGUCCCUCUUGGUUUUACAUGAAAUGGUACCAGAUUCAUUGAUUAAACAUGAAACUUCUCUUACUCUAGGCACCAUUGUUACCUGCGCAGCAUACAUGGUGUAUACAUGAAAAAAUUUCAAAUUUUCAAAUUUAUGAUGUGUAAAGAUGACUGUAAAUAAAGUAGCACGGAUUCCUUUUUUUGCUUU